AAAGUUGGAUGGGCUGCUCAAAUGGAAUCAAAUAGGGAUCGUGAACCUUCAGAAGUCAAACAUACUGAAAUCUUAGAAACUUUUUUAGGUGAAAUGUAUUAUGGUACUUGGUAUCAUAACGCUGCUAUCAUCUUCUUUGCUGUGGCGGCAUCUCAUUACAUAACUCUCUUUGGUGGCGGAUGGUCAUCAUUAAUUAUUAUUUUGAGUAUUUGUGCAACCUAUUAUCAAACAAGUAUUCGUAGGGUUCGAAGAGACGCAAGAGGAGAUGUAGCUCGUGAAUUAGCUAAACAAAGACUUUUUCAAGAUCAUGAAACAGUAGACUGGCUUAACAAUUUCUUUCAUCGGUUUUGGUUGAUUUAUGAGCCGGUUCUUUCCGCUACUAUUGUGGCUUCUGUUGAUCAAAUCUUGGUAGCCUCGACUCCUACUUUUUUGGAAUCGAUUCGAAUGUCGACUUUUACUUUAGGUUCAAAGGCACCUCGAAUUGAUUUUAUUAGAUCUCAUCCUGAAACUGAAGAUGAUGUAGUGGUCAUGGAUUGGAAAUUCGAUUUUACUCCGAAUGAUAUCUUGGAAAUGACUGCCAAGGCUGCAGCGGCCAAGAUUAAUCCAAAGAUUGUUCUGACGAUUAGAUUUGGGAAAGGUUUAAUUGGUGCAGCCAAGGAUAUUGUAGUGGAAAAUAUCUCCUUUUGCGGUAUCAUGAGGAUCCGAAUCAAACUUAUGAAUAAUUUUCCACACCUGCAAUUGGUGGAUUUAUCUUUCAUGGAAAAACCAGAGUUUGACUUUGUACUCAAACCUGUGGGUUUUGAUCUUAACAUGAUUCCUGGUCUCUCAGGUUUCAUUGAAUCUCAAGUACAUGCAACCCUUGGCCCCAUGAUGUACGACCCAAAUGUUUUCACACUCAAUCUAGAGCAGAUGUUGGCUGGUACACCGAUUGAUUCAGCUAUCGGAGUCCUUCAACUCACUGUACAUCAUGCUCGUGGAUUGAAGGCGGUCAAGAUUGGUGGCGGGACCCCUGAUCCAUAUGUGACAAUUUCGAUCGGCGCCCGUGGUCAUCUAGAUCGUACCAAGGUUAAGCACAGCACUCAGAACCCACACUGGAAUAGUAUACACUUUUUACUUCUCAACUCUCUCAACGAUCUUCUCACGCUAGAAAUCAUGGAUUAUAACGAAGUCAGGAAAGACACAUCGCUAGGAACGGCCAAUAUAGAUCUUCAAACCUUGGUAGCUGACCCUGAACAAGAUAGUCUGACUAUCCCAGUCAUGUAUCAAUCGAAAGCCAGAGGUGAAAUCCGAGUCGAUCUCACCUAUCAUCCUUGUUUGAUUCCGAAAGCUCUUGAAAGCGGUGAAGAAGAACCGAUGCCUGAAACUACAACUGGGGUGGUACGUCUAACACUACAUCAAGCAAAAGACCUUGAUUACAAACGAUCGGGUACCAGUCAAUUAUCACCUUAUGCUAAGAUUUACUUGAAUGGGAUUCAAGUUAAGAAAACAUCUGUGAUCAAAAGAACAAAUAACCCUGUAUACGAAGUAUACACCGAAGUAUUAGUUAAGAAGAGAUCAGCGGCUGUCUUUACUGUUAAGAUGUAUGAUGAACGUGUUGGAGAAGAUGCAUCGAUUGGAUAUGUCAAUGCGAAACUUGAUGAUUUAUUAGAAGCUACUUCUGGUGAUCAUAAGAAUGAUUGGUUUCCUCUUAAUACUAGUAAAACUGGAAAAGUCAGACUUAGUGCGACAUGGAAAGGUGUAUUGAUGGCAGGAGCAAUCAAUGGGGCUGGAGCAUAUACACCUCCAAUCGGUGUUUUGAAAUUUUGGUUUAAGAAAGCAGAGGAUUUGAAGAACGUCGAAGCUUUGACGGGUGGAAAGAGUGAUCCGUAUAUUCGAGUGAUGAGAUCAGGGAUUGUUUUGUCGAGAACCCAGAUCCAUAACAGCAAUCUUGAUCCAGAUUUCGAUGAGAUUGUUUAUGUCCCAGUCCAUAGUAUGAAAGACCAUUACCGACUUGAGGUGAUGGAUUAUCAACAAAUGACCAAAGACCGUUCUUUGGGAAUGUAUGAUUUAUCGGUUCAAAGUUUUGCGGUUCCUUGUCAACCCAAAGGCGCAACCACCCAUCAAUCAACCGGUAAACAAGUUUUCUCAGAAUACCUCAAGACUGAUGGUAAGAAGGCAGUUGUGAAGGGGCGAUUACACUUUGAGGUGGAAUUUCACCCUUGUACAUAUAUGCGAUUUUCACCGUUUGAUCGACCAGCAUCAGACCUCGAUAAACUCAAAGCAGAUGACGCUUCAGAUUUAGCUUCUACAGUCGAUGCCGAAUUUGAAGACAAUGGAUCGGUUGUGAAUGAACCUGAAGGUGUUGAAGUCUUGGCCACACCUAUCUCUACUGCUAAACCUAGAUCACGAACCGUCUCUAAAGCUCAAAGUGCACAUUCAAAGCAAUCAAGUAUCGGUGAAUUGAAAAGUGCAAUUGAACUUCCAUCUGGAGUUUCGGCUAUUUCAGGUCUUUCGACUUUAGAUCCUAAACCUAUUGAAUUAAGUAAAACUGAAUUACUUCAAGCUCAAUCUGGUAUACUUGUGUUUAAUAUCAUGGGAGGUACGAUUGCAAGGAAGAAUGCUAGGUUGGAAUUCUUAUUUGAUGAUGGUUAUUGGCCUGCAUACUCUACUGAACCCUCAAAAUCUGUGAAUGCUAAAUGGGAUGAAACUGGAGAAUGCUUUAUCAGAGAAUUAGAUUGGUCUAGAUGUACUUUGAAAUUGAAUUCGGCUGAUAAAGAUACAAGAGAAGAAGUUUAUGCUCAAUAUUCUUGUAGUCUUAAAGAUUUCUUAGAUUGUUGUUUAGAAGCGCCUCAUGAGUUUGUACUUGAAGAUUUAGAAGGUGGUCAUAAGAGUACUGUUUCGAUUCAGUGUAGAUACGUACCAGUGCCGAUCACUUUGGAGCCUCGGGAGAGCAUCAACAAUAUGGGCAUCUUGACUGUGAUGCUGGAGAAUGCAAAGAAUUUGUUGGCGGCCGAUAGGAAUGGAUACUCUGAUCCUUAUGCUCAGUUUGUUUUGAAUGGUAUGAAGGUCUUUAAGAGUGAUGUACAGAAAAAGACAUUGAAUCCACAAUGGAUGGAAAAAUUCGAUGUAGAAGUCCCUUCGCGAGUUCAUGCAGACUUUAUUGUACAAGUGUUUGAUUGGGAUCGUGUUGGGGCAAGUGAUAAACUUGGACAAGCAGCAAUUGAUUUGAAAGAACUUGAACCAAUGCAACAAUCUACUAUGGCGCUAAAGCUCUCACAUGAAGGAACUGAACACGGUGUUGUGCAUCUCAAACUUACCUUUCGACCUGGUUUCAUCACUCGUAGUCGACAAGCUACAUCCACUUUUACAGGUCUAGGCAGGGUGGCCACAGGUCUUGGUGGAACGGUACUUUCUACUGGUGCUGGUGUUGGUUUAGGUGCAGUGAAAGGAGUGGGACACGUUGGGGGUGGUGUAAUCAAAGGAGUGGGAGGAGUUGGUAGAUUAGGCUUUACAGGGAUCCGAAAAGUCACAGGAACUCAUAAAAGGAGUAGUACGACUGAUAGUGAUAAAUUAGGAGCAGAGAAUACAUCAGGACUGGGAACACCACCUAGCAAUUCGCUUGGAAUCUUAUCUGACAAGGUGAUAGGUAGUCCAAGACUUUCUCAAGAUAUGCCACAAUCUACCCCAUCUAAAUCAACUUCAGAUCUGAAAUUAACAAUAACGAAUUUAGGAGCUAGUGGAUUAGAAAAUCCAGAUGCAAAACCAUAUUUACAUGUCAAAAGAAAUGGAAAAUCGGUAUUUGAUACAAAACCAAUUCGACAUACAACUACACCUACAUGGGAAGAAAGCUUUACAUUAGAUUUAAUCAUUGGACAGAAUUGUAAACUAGAUUUUAUAAUUUAUGAUAAAAAGAAAUUGGGUAAAGAUAAAGAAUUAGGUAGUUUAUCAGUUGAUGUUUGGAAUUAUGUAUUACCUAAUCAAGGGAAAUUAGAUGCAGAUGUUUUAGAAACUUUAAGUAAUGGGACUGGCAACUUGAAUUUUAAAAUGAUGGCUUCAUUAAGAACUCCUAAUAAUCAACAAUUAAUCGGUAGUCCUGAUGGGAAUGGUGGAAAUAAAGCCAGAGUUGGAAGUUUUUUAGACAGAGAUCCUAAUAGUGGUACUGGAGGUCUUCAUCAUGGUCAUCUUGCUCAUUUGAAUGGAGGAACUUCAUCAACGACCACUACACCUGGUGGUCCGCCUUCUCCUGGUUCUAAAUCUAAUAGAUCGAUUUCGAGAUUCUCUUUACAGCGUCAUCGUUAAUGUUAAUUUUAAUUUGAGAUGUGUUUAUUCUGCUUCGUGGGAUUUCAAUCUUUUCUCUUUGAAGUUUCGUUAUUAAUUCUUUUACUUUUUGUGAAACAUUUAAAAAAAUUAUGUGAUUUUUGUUUUUGUUUUUUACGAUUUUUUUUUUGGCAGAAAUACAAGGUCCGACUCCACCGUCUAUACAGCAAAUCUUUAGACCUUUGGUUUUUUCUUCAUUCUUUUUUUGCUACGUGGACAUGAUCAUGCUCUGUGUGUUUUAUUUGUUUUUCAUUUUUGGAUUGAUUGAUUGAAUUUGUUGUGUAGUUUUUUUUUAAUUUUUCAUUUUAAUUUAGUUUUUUAUACUUAAACAAUCAAUACAUGUUGAAAUUUAAGAUUGAAGGGUUUAUGAGAAAGACAUCUUUAAAGUCGGGUUUUGCUUCGGU